CUCAGUAGCAUUUCUCAAAUUUCUUGUGAUUACUGAAGUUUCGAGAAUCAGAAUGUGGGCAUUUCGCAGAGCUUCGAUUCAUAUCAGGAAUCGAGAAUUAAAUUCAGGGAUUGCUAGAAUACGCUCUGUGAAAUCAGAUACGGCAAUAUGUUAUUCCGAAAACUAUAAUACUGAAAUUGUGGAAUCUCAUAGAAACCUGUUAGAUGCAUCGGUGUAUUCAACGAGAUCUUUCAACGCAUCACCAAGUUCUUCAAACUCGUAUAUGAAUGUACGCACUCUUUUUUCCAAAGCCGGUGCAAAGAGCAGAGUCGAGCGAGAUGAUGAUUUGGAGGAUGCUUUUUCUGAACUCGAAGCUCCACUUGGUGCAGUCGGAAAAGCUGCUUCUGCAGAUGACAUAGAUGAUUUAAUGUCUGAAUCAGAUCUGUACGAGGGUGAGAGUGUCACUACUGAGGGUGAUGCUGAAAAGAAAAGUUUUCCCAAAACUAAUCCUCAUUCAGCAUUCACAAAGGCUGUACUGGGUGCUCCGAUUGUAUCGGUGGUCAAGGUUUUGGAUCAAUGGGUCAAAGAAGGAAACGAGCUGACUAAACCAGAAGUGUCGUCAACCAUGGUUAAUCUUCGGAAGCGGCGAAUGUUCGUCAAGGCCUUGAAGAUGUCGGAGUGGUUGGAGCACACAAAGCUUCUUGAGUUUAACGAGAGUAAUUACGCCUCUCGUGUUGAUUUAAUUGUCAAAGUUCAUGGUAUACCCAAGGCAGAAGAGUACAUUAAGCGAAUCCCCGAAUCUUUUAGAGGUGAAAUUGUGUACCGUACCCUACUGGCAAACUGCGUCUCUACAGGCAAUGUGAAGAAAUCCGAAGAUCUCUUCAACAAAAUGAAGAGCUUAUUCCCUAUCACAUGCUUUUCUUGCAAUCAGUUGUUACUUCUGUACAAGAGAACCGACAACAAGAAAAUUUCCAACGUUUUGUCGUUGAUGGAGAAAGAAAAUAUCAAGCCAUCCUAUUUCACUUACCACGUUUUGAUAAGUGCCAAAGGGUUGUCCAAUGAUAUUAGUGGGAUGGAAAAAAUCGUCGAGAAAAUGAAGACUGAAGGGGUGGAACCUAAUACUAUAAUCCAAGUAUCGUUGGCUCGAUACUAUGCUAUUGCUGGUCUGAAAGAUAAAGCCAAAGCUGUAUGUAAGGAGAUAGAAGGAGAAGAUAUAACGAAGAACCGCUGGGCUUGUGGAGUGUUGCUCCCGAUUUAUGCUUCACUAAGAAUGGAAGACGAAGUCGAAAGAAUCUGGAAAGUAUGUCAAUCGGAUCUUCGAACGAAGGAGUGUCUUGCUGCCAUCGAAGCUUGGGGGCAGCUCAAGCGAAUCGAAGAUGCUGAGUCAGCUUUCGAUAAGAUGAUGAAAAUUUUGAAGAAGCCCACUUCGAAGCAUUUUGCUGCUCUGAUAAAAAUCUAUGCAGAUCACAAAAUGUUGGAUAAAGGCAAGGAUUUAGUGAAACGAAUGUCGGAGAGUGGGUGCAGUGUGGGGCCGCUGACAUGGGAUGCGUUAGUGAAGCUGUACGUCGGAGCUGGAGAAGUGGAAAAGGCAGAUUCGAUACUCGAAAAGGCCAUGAAGCAGAAAUCGACAAAGCCUCUUUGUAGCUCUUUCUUGACAAUCUUGGAUGAAUAUGCAAACAGAGGAGAUAUACACAACGCGGAGAAGAUAUUCGUAAAGAUCAGAGAAGCUGGAUUCGCCUCAAGGGUUCGGCCUUACAGAUCGCUUCUUUAUGCUUACAUAAACGCGAAAGCACCAUCCUACGGGUUUAGAGAGAGAAUGAAGGGCGAUAAUGUUGUACCUAAUGCAGCUUUGGUUGGACUUUUGGCUCGAACGGAUGCAUUUAGAAAGUCGCCACUGGAUGAGCUGCUCGAGUAAUGGGAACCGGGAUUGAUUGUUUCAUUAAUAAGAUUGCAAAUUAAGGUUAGCUUGUUAGAAUGGGUUAUAUAUAGUUCAUUUAUUCUUGCUAAUUUUUUUUUUUUCUUUUUGAACCGCGACCACAUAGUUGCACUGGCUGCGACGGGCUCGACGAAUUGUUGGCGAGAUUCGUUUGCGAUUUUGUUUUCCUA